CAGAAACUUCAGGACCAAGGGCUUCGGCCUAGACGUGUGCCGCUGUAUGAUCAACCUCAUGGAUAAAGAUGGCUCUGGCAAGCUGGGGCUUCCCGAGUUCCAGAUCCUGUGGAAAAAAAUCAAGAAAUGGACGGACAUCUUCCGAGAGUGUGACGAGGACCACUCGGGCAGCCUGAACUCCUAUGAGAUGCGCUUGGCAAUCGAGAAAGCAGGCAUCAAGCUGAGUAACAAGGUGACCCAGGUGCUGGUGGCCAGGUAUGCAAACGACGACAUGAUCGUGGACUUUGACAGCUUCAUCAGCUGCUUCCUGAGGCUGAAGGCCAUGUUCACGUACUUUCUAUCCAUGGACCCCAAGAAUACUGGCUAUAUUCGCCUGAAUCUGAACCAGUGGCUGCAGACAACCAUGUGGGGUUAGGGAGCCCCGGGAGCCUGGCUCCCACCGCCACCGCCACCGCCACCACCACCACUGUGCGGUCUCUGGCCCCAAAGCAGGGGCCUCCUUGCUGCUCUGCAGUCUCUGCUGAUGGACUGGGCUCCGGCUAGUGGCACCCGGGCCCCGGAUGCCUAGCUUACUUCA